AUGGACUUUUUUGAGGAACAAGAGGGCCAAUUGAUGGAUGCCAUUUUUCAGGGCAAUGUUUCCUUUUCGUCGGAUUCAACGGAAAACGACGACACUUCUUACCAGCCUUCAUCCUCGUGCCAGGAUCAGAGCUCUCCAACGCGACGCGAAACAGAGUUUCAGGAUAUGUACAAUGGAGGUUUAGGGACGGAUAACUGCGACAAAGCCCUCUGGAUGGAAUGGCGCUUCGAAGAGGCUGAUGUGUCGCCCUUCCUGUGGGACUUCAGGAGGAGCAUCAUUGAAAAGCACCCGAAUCUUGACUCCGAUGUGGAGAAGUUGGCAAUGAAUUUUAUCUAUUUUUUCCGGACGCGUGAUACCACAAGCGGGAUCUAUCAGAGGUUGGGGACUGAUAUCUUCAACCAAAUAGCUAGACGAUCAAUCCUCCCGGGCUUGGUUAUUUCCGAGGGCGAAAUCGUUACCAUGACCAGGAUCGCGACCCAAUUCUCCCAACUCUCACAUUCUCAGGCUUCCGACUUCGUGCUUGACGAGCACAUGCAGGAACGCCAUCUGAAGCGGUUGUAUAUGAAGUUUGUAAAGACACCUGAACUCUGGAUGAUAGAUUCAUUAUUUCCACCGCAGGUCUCGAACGAGCAUGGAGUUAUUCGGGCGCACUGGGAUCCCCUUUUGAUUACGUAUAUCUCAACUGUGCCUUCUUCCACUUCACAUUGGGAUGCGCCCUUUCCACCAUCGGAGGCUCGAAAAAUGACGGAGGAUCCCGUUUUGCAAGCACGAAGAAUCGACUACCACAUCACCACCAGUCUCCUAGGAAAGAGUUGCCACUUCUUUAUCAAGGAAGCCAAGAAGGGAUCGCAGGCGGCCCGCGCUUUUCAAAGGGAUACUGAGAAUAUAUCACUUGAGCUCAAGGACUCCUUGGACCAUCUCUGUCGGCAAAAGGUCAACAUCACCAAGGUCUCUGUUUUUGGACUUGUGGUUGUUGGUUGCGCUAGAGCGGUGUACGAGAUAGCGUUAGUAUCUCGAGGGCUGUACAUCAUGACUGCCUUUGCAGAGGUCUAUGUCCUACGGUCCAACACCGAUAUGCAUUGCCUAGCCGGAUCUAUUGACACCUUCCAGAAGGUCAAGGCAAGGAUCGACGGCUACAUUCAGGCCAUUGCCACUGGAGAGUCGGAAAUGGAACAGGAUUGGUCGAUGCCCCCCGAUCAAAUAAGGCCCUGA